AUGUGCACGCUACGCCGGGACAGGUGUGACAAGUGCGGUCGGCUGAGCAUUCGGGUUGUGUCUAUGCACGCCGAAUACGAGCGCCUUUUCUUCUCUGCAGAGAUUACGGCUGAGAGACGCGCCAGGAGCCAAUGCACGUCUAACAGGAGCGCCUCCCUCCCUGCACUGGGCCUGGGACGUCCACAAGCUGACUACUACCGACGAGUAAGCGGUUUGGCGCGGAACAUCGCGGCGGGCACAAUGUCAGCUCCUCAAAUAGAUGAGCACACGUGUCCUGGCACCGUUCCGCGUCGACUGCGCCGCCGAGGCGGCUCUUGCAGCUUCAGCAUAUAUACAUAUAUAUUUAUAUAUAUAUAUAUAUGUAUAUAUACUUGCGCGGCUGUUCUGCGGAGGCCGUCGCCCCGGAUGCCAGGCUCUCCUCGAGCGAAGUAUUUUCAGUCCCACAGCGGUGCAGUGGAUGCCCCGCCUGCGCUGGCCCGCUUGCACAGGGUCAGCCACUCCGUGCGGGACAACAUCCUGUGUCGUCCUCGUAAACGCGAGGCGCCGCCUGCUUAUGGUCGCCGCUCGACAGUACCGCGGUAUCGCAGUGAAAUGCGCUGCUCAGUAACGUCCUUCGACGGGCACAGGAUUACGGAACUAGACGAGAUUGCCGCAGGUGCAACGGAAGUUUCUAGCGUUAGGUCUCAGUUUACCUGGCUCAUCGAAAUUCACAAGGCAUGCCGACGUGACCUGGCGUCAUCGACAUUAAAAUGCCGUCAGCAAGAGUCGACUGGGGAGCCGACACACAGAUAUUUUUUCAGCAGGCGCUAA